CAACACCCGCAUCACUCCCCGCACAUGCCACCGUGUCUUCCCGCACCUCCCCCUCACAUCACAUCCCGCGCACAGACCAUUUCGAUUCCUCCCCGCAGCAACCAGUUACCGCGGUGAGUGUUAUCGAAUCCCGUUCCGAGCCGUGCGCGUGGAGUCAUCAGCCGUUGCGGCGGGAGCGCAUCCUCGUGUGCCGCGGCGAUGGGUGGUAGCGCGGGCGACGGCGGGGAGAGCACGACCGGCGGCGGUGACUCGGAUGUUUCGUGCUGGUACUCGCGCGUGGAGCGGCGGCAGUGCCGCGUGGUGCGCGACGAGAAGGGGCGGCCGGUGAAGGAGUGCGAGCGCACGCACGAGGUGUUGCGCCAGUGCGCGGGGCGCCCGUCUGAGGUGGUGGAGUCCCAUUCCGAGGUCACCAGGGAGGACCUCCCGCCUGGCUCCGAGCUCUCCGCCUCCACCUUCUCCUCCUCCUCGUCUUCGUCGUCCUUCUCCUACGGCGGUGGAGCCACAUCCACACACCCUUCUCCCGACGCCCCCUCCCUCCCAUCCCCCUUCUCUCACUUCCCCUUCUCCCUUCCUUCCCCGUUCUCCUCGCGCCCUCCGCCCUCUCUCCCCCCAUCCGACCCCCAUUCGUCCUCCCCGCACUCUUCUCCGCCUUCCCCGUGGUCCUCCUUCCCCUCCGUCCCGCCAUCCGCGCACCCCAAUGGCCCUUCCUCCCCUUCCUUGCCCGCGGACCUCCCCUCUCUCCCGGACGUGAUUCGCUCAGCAGAGCAGCUAGCCUCGGAGGUCUUCAGCAGGUUCGGCAUGACCCCUCCAACUGGAUUCCCAGGCUCGGGGGAGGGUGAGCAGGGGUCCGGUUCAGAGGCAAGUGGGUGGGGAGGGCCGUGGUCGGUGUUCCGUUUUGGAAUGGGCGGGCCGUCGACACAGAUAUGGGAGGACGAGAGCAGCGUGCUGGAUGGCAGUGGGGUGGACGGUAGGGGGGUGGGCAGUGAGCAAGAGAAGAGGCAUGGCAGCGCGCAAGGGGGCGGGCAAGGGAGUGGGCAGGCCAUGGGGGGGAAUGGAAGUGAUGGCAGGGGGGGGAUCUUCGGGAGAUGGAUAAAGAGAGGCGGCGAGCAGGGGUCAAGGGGGUGGGGUGCGGGGCAGGGGAGGGCAAGGGCAAGCGAGGAGGAGAAAUAUCGAGAGUUCUCAAAGGAUUUCCAGGAUGUGUAGUGGGCUCUGUGCCUCAACCGAACGGACGGUCUGUGACGACGACGACUGCCGGCCGUCGUCGCCAUUGCUGACUGACUCAAGCCGGGGCAGAGAAAAACAGAUGCCCUUUAGAAGGCGUGACUUUUGGGAUGGGUCAAAUUUAACUUGGUGGAUGGCUUUUUUAGUUUAGGUUUGAGCCUCCUGUGCCGCGGCGUGCCCUGGAUCCCAUCGUUUUCUGCCCUGGAAAGCUAAUGCGGUUGCACACGGCUGGGACGAGUGCCGUACGGUGAAGCACAAGAGGGAAGAGGGGGGCAUCUCAGAGAGCUGAUUGCUGGAGAUGUUGAUAGAGAGAGGAGUGAGGAGGUGCAGGGGGAGGAGUGUAGAGAGGAGAGGGAGCUGGAGAAUUUGUUGGAGAGGAGAGUGGCAAAGCGCUGCUGGCAUAUUCAGAAGGCAGGCAGGAAGCGCCCUUGGAUCGCACCUAUCCAACCCAUCCCUGAGGUUGUCAUAUCUGGUUCUUCCCCUACUUAUGGCCCUUGGUGCUGAUUAUGUCACUUAGUUGAUGAUUUACAAUUUCUUCACCUACUUGAUUAUUCAUGCAUAAGCAUAACACUAGAGACAG